UAUUGGUGUUGUUGAUUUUUUUAAUGUGUAAAUAAAAUUUUAUCUCAUCGAAACACUUAACUAGAAAAGUUAAUUAAAACCACCAUUUUUAUUGUGGGUUUUCAUAUAUUUUUAAUUCUGUUUCAAAAGAAGAAAAACAGAAAGGGGGAAAGAGGCUGGUAGGAAUUAUUGUGGGGGGUUGUUUGGGAUUCUUAUGGGAGUACCUGAUUGUUCACCAUCGGAUCUAAUACAAAAAGCUGGGUAUUGGAUUUCAUUGGAAUCAAGUGAUCUUUCCGGUUUCACUGGUGAAGAAUUUGAGAUGCUCAAAAACGGUGUUUGCUAAAAAAUGUGUUGUUCCGAAUGUUAUGUGAAGUUUGCUGAUGAAUUCUCUCAUAGAUACCCUUGUCGAAGUUGUGGUCGUUGGUUAUGUUCUAAAUGUGUUGAAAGAUAUGAAUCACAAGUUGUUGAUGAUGAUGAUUUUUCAAGGGUUACGAGUGUUAAAUGUUGCCAAUUUUGUUGUGAUGGGGUUAACUCAAGGCAUGAAAGUGGAGGAAGGAAGUAUUCCGAGAAAGUACACCCUUCCGAGUCUCCCCGGGAGAGCCCAGUACCACCAUCCUCUUGUUCUAUGAAUAAUCAUAUUGCUCAAUAUCUUGAAGCUCGUGAUUGUGGGUUUCCUCUGCAGGCAGUAACAGGCAAGAGUACGACUUCAUUCAUUACGCAUCCCCCUCCAGUCUCUACUCAGCGAUCUGCCAGCAGGAAUGAUGAAGAAGAUGCUGAUGAUUCUGGUAGGCAGUUUCUUAGCCCUUCCGUCGAAUACAGUCAGGAUGUUUCGGACAUAGAUUCUAGUGGUAUUAGUGCUAGACAUGAGUUUUAUAAUUGUAAAUCUGUGGGAUCGAGUCCUUCAGUCAGCCCCUCUAGGAACAGUUUUACUCCUUAUAGAGAUGGGCAUUCUGUACAGCAGAGGCAAGAAGGGAGCCCAAUGGCCCAAUAUGUUGGUCCCUUUGAUCAAGAAAACAUGGCUGGCUUAAGAAAGCCAUCAGAGAUGGCUAUUGAGGAACCAGAGAAUACCGAUGAUUACUCCGAUGAUGCGUCUAUUGUUCAAAAGCCAUUAGAUUUCGAAAACAAUGGCCUAAUAUGGUAUCCCCCACCUGCUGAGGAUGAGAAUGAUGAGGCAGAGAGCAACUUCUUUUCGUAUGAUGAUGAGGAUGAUGAUGUUGGGGAUUCUGGUGUAAUGUUCACAUCAAGUGGUAGCCUUUCAAGCAUGUUCCCAGAAAAGGAGAAACAAGAGGGAAGCAAAGAACCUAUUAGAGCUGUAAUUCAGGGGCACUUUCGGGCUCUUGUGUCCCAACUUUUACUGGGUGAGGGUAUCCAAGUUGAGGACAAUGCUGCUGGGGGAUGGCUUGACAUUGUGACAGCAAUAGCAUGGCAAGCUGCGAAUUUUGUAAAACCAGAUACUAGCAGAGGAGGCAGUAUGGAUCCUGGGGAUUAUGUGAAGGUCAAGUGUAUAGCAUCAGGAACUCCCAGUGAGAGCACCCUUGUCAAGGGAGUGGUCUGUACGAAAAAUGUAAAGCACAAGCGAAUGACCUCACAAUACAAAAAACCUAGAUUACUUCUUUUAGGCGGCGCCCUUGAAUUUCUAAAAGUUCCAAAUCAGCUGGCAUCUUUUAGUACAUUACUUCAACAGGAAAAUGAUCACCUCAAGAUGAUCAUUGAAAAGAUUGAGGCUCUUCGCCCCAAUGUUCUGCUAGUAGAAAAGAGUGCGUCUUCAUUUGCCCAAGAGUAUCUACUUGCAAAGGAAAUUUCGUUAGUGCUCUAUGUGAAAAGGCCAUUACUGGAGCGUAUAGCUAGGUGCACUGGAGCUCUUGUUUGUCCGUCUAUCAAUAAUUUAUCUACUACACAAUUGGGGCACUGUGAACUGUUUCGGUUGGAAAAAGUAUCUGAAGAACAUGAAAUGGCCAAUCAGUUCAACAAGAAACCAUCAAAAACACUGAUGUUCUUCGAAGGUUGUCCCAGGCGUUUAUGUUGCACGAUCCUGCUGAGGGGCAGAUCUCGUGAAGAACUAAAGAAGGUCAAACAUGUUGUUCAGUAUGCUAAUUUUGCUGCCUAUCACUUAUCUCUUGAGACUUCCUUCCUUGCUGAUGAAGGUGCUACACUGCCUAAGAUGAAAGUAAAACAUUCAGUUUCUGUUGCGGAUAAAACACAGCCUGACGAUAUUAUUUCAGUCGUUCCUAGUCCGCAUCCUUCAUCCAGUUUCGAUACAAUAGUCGAUGCUCAUAAUGAUGCAUCUCUGAGUCUUAAUCUAGCACAAGGAGGAAUGGAAUCAUUGUCCAAGCAGUGCGAUCAAAAUCAUUUUUUUCUUUCAUCUAAAGGUUCUAUUUUUGAUUCACACAAUGAUGAUUUGUCUCCUGGUGCGGGUUUGGAUGUGGAUCCAGAACUAUUCAAGGAUUCAAAGCUGUCCACUAUGUUGCCUAGUGAUAUUAGAGAUUUUCCACAAUCUGAAUCGCUAGAAAACAUGGCUGAAGAGGAGAGUCGUCUUCAUGAGAUUCAAGAAUUGGUAAAAUCUGAAAAAAUUGAUGAAGAUGAAGCCUCCAACGAAUAUUUUUCAGCCACCGACACACACCAGAGUAUAUUGGUUUCGUUUUCAAGCCGGUGUGUUCUGAAAGGAACUGUUUGCGAACGUGCUCGGCUCCUGCGAAUAAAGUUUUACUGUUCUUUUGAUAAACCACUGGGAAGAUAUCUUCAUGAUGACUUGUUUAAUCAAGCAUCGUGCUGCCGGUCAUGUAAUGACCCAGUUGAAGCCCAUGUCAUUUGUUACACUCACCAGCAAGGUAACCUGACAAUCAAUGUAAGACGCAUUUCCUCUCUUAAGCUGCCUGGUGAACGAGAUGGGAAGAUAUGGAUGUGGCACCGGUGCCUAAAGUGUGAUCAUAUAAACGGGGUUCCUCCAGCAACUCGUAGAGUAGUCAUGUCUGAUGCUGCCUGGGGACUUUCUUUCGGAAAGUUUUUGGAGCUUAGUUUUUCAAAUCAUGCGACCGCUAAUCGUGUUGCGACAUGUGGUCAUUCAUUGCAGAGGGAUUGCCUUCGUUUCUAUGGCUUCGGCAACAUGGUUGCCUUCUUCCGCUAUUCUCCGAUCGAUAUUCUAUCGGUAUGUGUGCCCCCAUCAACUCUUGAAUUUGGUGGAAACAUUCAGCGGGAGUGGACUAAAAAAGAGGCAACUGAGCUAAUGGUCAAAAUGGAAAUGUUGUAUUCGGAGGUAUCCGAUGUGCUUAACAGCAUUGAACAGAAGAUCAGUUCUGCGAGUGAUUUACAGAAUCACAUCAUGGAAUUGAGAGAACAGAUGCAACAGGAGAUAAAUAAUUACAAUGGUUUGCUGCAACCUUCUGUAAUGGAUACUUCACAACCGGGUCUUGCAGCUGUGGACAUCCUGGAACUGAACCGCCUUAGGCGUUCACUUCUAAUCAGUUCGUAUGCUUGGGAUCAGCAACUUCGUUCUUUGGAAGGUUCCACUGCCAAAGUUGAAGUGGAUCAUUCCAAUGAUGGGAAACUUGGUGCUCAUGAACAAAAUGCCUACAGAUCCCCUGAUUCACUGGAGCCUCCUAAAAAUUACAUGCAAUUGGAGAACUCUGUUCUUUUGAACUUGGAAUCUGUUGUGCCAAAAGAAUCUAAUUUGGCAAUGUAUGAUCGGAAGAUAGAGGAGGAUAUGCAGUCGGAUGGAAACAUCACAUCUCCUGCAUCGGCUUUAUCUGAACGAAUAGAUUCUGCUUGGACAGGUACUGAUCUACUUGCAUUGAAAGUUCAGCGUCCAGAAGCAUUUCAAGAAGAUGAGGUCCAACCUUCUUUGAUCACUCAAACAAGUAAAAUCAAUAAUCUUCUUUUGAGUGAGGUAGCAUCUCCGAGGAGGCUUCAUUCUUUUGAUUUUGCAUUGAGAUUCCAAGAAAGAAUUCAGAAAGGAUUGCACCUGCCUUCAACACAUUUAUCAAUGCUUAGAUCUUUCCAUGCUUCUGGAGAUUACAUAAGUAUGAUUAGAGAUCCGGUUUCUAACGUAACAAGGACUUACUCUCAUACAGUGCCUCUGGAGGCACAAAAGUCGAAUUUGUCACUCAGUUCCACAUCCACUUUAAUCACCUCUGCAUCUCAUAUGGCUAAAGGGGUUCGACUACUUCUUUCACAGAGGGGUCAUAGUGAUAUUGUUAUUGCUGUAUACGACAAUGAUCCUGCCAGUAUAAUAUCAUAUGCUCUCAGUUCCGAAGAAUAUGAUGAGUGGGUUACUGAUAAGUUCAAUGAAAUUGGAGGAGGGUGGAGUUUAAGUGACGAGAACAAAGAAGAUUCUUCUGCUUCCAGCUUUUCACCCUGGCAGUCAUUUGGCUCUCUGGACCUGGAUUAUAUUCGUUAUGGAAGUUUUGGGUCUGAAGAUGCAUCAUCAUCUGUGGGUGCCACGUAUACCAAUACGAAAAAGUCUCCACAUUUAACGGUUUCUUUUGGAGACGAUUCUUCCGCUGCUGGUGGCAAAGUGAAGUUCUCAGUGACUUGUUAUUAUGCAAAACAGUUUGAUUCUCUUAGAAGAAAAUGUUGCCCUGAUGAAAUGGAUAUUUUGCGUUCCUUGAGCCGUAGUAAAAAAUGGAGUGCACAAGGGGGAAAGAGCAGUGUGUAUUUCGCUAAAACAUUGGACGAGAGAUUCAUUAUAAAACAAGUCCAAAAGACAGAGUUAGAGUCAUUUGAUGAAUUUGCUAUGAAAUACUUCAAGUAUUUGACAGAUUCUCUUAGUUCAGGAAGCCCUACUUGCCUCGCAAAAAUUCUUGGCAUUUAUCAGGUAUCGGUAAAACACCUGAAAGGCAGCAAAGAAACAAGAAUGGACCUUAUGGUGAUGGAGAAUCUGUUUUACAGAAGAAGUAUCUCAAGGGUUUAUGACCUUAAGGGUUCGAUAAGAUCACGAUACAAUCCGGAUACAGCAGGGGCAAACAAAGUACUGCUAGAUAUGAAUCUGUUAGAAACACUGCGAACCGAGCCCAUUUUUCUUGGAAGCAAGGCAAAGAGAAAUCUCGAGAGAGCUAUUUGGAAUGAUACAUCUUUUCUGGCAUCUGUUGAUGUCAUGGACUAUUCUUUACUUGUCGGGGUGGACACGGAGCACAAAGAGCUGGUUUUGGGAAUUAUCGAUUUCAUGAGACAAUAUACCUGGGACAAGCACUUGGAGACAUGGGUUAAGGCAUCGGGAAUACUUGGUGGCCCGAAGAAUGCAUCCCCAACAAUCGUUUCUCCGAAACAAUACAAGAAAAGAUUCCGAAAGGCGAUGACAACUUAUUUUCUCACCAUACCUGAUCAAUGGAGUUCAUGACAUAGUUUCAUCAUUGACUCUUGCAUAAGAAAAUUGUAAUUGCCUUCUUCUCUCCCUCUCUCUUUGGCUACGCUUCGAUCCUCGUGUGUUUCUUUCGGAAAAUUCUUUUCAUUGUGGUGAGAGUUGACCUAUAACUGUACACUAUGAAGAGGGAGUGAACAGAGAUUUCUUUUUGAGGACUCCUUUUAAUGACCUCUAAGGAAAGGGAAGAAUCCUGAGCUCGUGU